GGUGUAAAUGCAUAAUAAUAAAUCUCAAGGACUAAAGUGACAGUCAUGCUAAGAUAACAAAAUUCGGGUUUGCCCCUUUCCUGAACCGGUUUUUGGGUCUUACAGUACCUGCGGAAUUACCUCCUCAGUUAACGGUGGGUUGAGCUCUGAAUAGAGAGAGAGAGAGAGAGAGAGAGAGAGAGAGUGGUUAAGCAUGAGUGGAGGAAUAGGUUUGGAAGAAGAGAAAGAAGAAGCAGAGUACCACAACAAAGACUUCGAGUGGGAAGAGCUCAGAGCCCACGUUGAAAACGCCCCGUCGUUUUCCCAUCACUUGCUCCCUUAUCAACCCCAACACCAACUGCUCCAAUCCGAUUCAGACGCCUGGAAAAGCUUUCACAUCCGUCAUUCUUCCGGCAAGUUCUUCAAGAUGAUCCCUCGAGCAUUGGCCAAACUGUCGUAUACGCAUCGUUAUGGACGAGGCCUCCGUUUUUUGAGUUCAAUUUCUUCAAGCAACAAUAAUACCAUAUGGGAUCCAACUGUGGCACUUAAAUUCAGUCACCCAACUCUUAUUUCUCUUGAGAAAUGUAGUUCAAACAAUCAAUUCAAGCAAAUUCUAGCUCAAAUAAUGAGGAUUGGGCUCAUUGGGCAGACCUUUCCCAUGAGCAGACUCCUCUUAUAUUCAGCCAUUUCCCACCCAGAGAAUUUGGACACGGCAAUCCUACUUUUCAAUCACUGUACUCCUCAUCCCAACCUUUACAUUUAUAAUACCAUGAUUUCGGCUUUAUCUUUCUCCAAAGUUCAAUCCUUUUCUAUGUACAACUCCAUGCUCCAUUUGGGUAUUUACCCAGAUAAAAACACCUUCCUUUAUUUACUUAAAGCUUCUCCAUGUGUAUCAGAGGUGAAGCAGGUACAUUGUCAUGCAAUUGUAUUAGGCUUUGGCUCAUAUGGAUACUUGAAAAACUCCCUCAUGAAGGUUUAUUUGGAGAAAGGAUCAAAAGUGCUUGCACGCAAGGUGUUUUGCCAAAUGUCAACACCAGAUGUUGUGUCGUUUAAUAUCAUGAUUGUUGGUAAUGCUAAGGAAGGAUUCCCCUUAGAAGCUAUCAAACUUUUUCAUGAAAUGGUGUCUUUGGGUCUUAAACCAGAUGAGUUUACCGUGCUAGGACUUACCAUAUCUUGUGGACUAUCAAGAGAUGCAAAGCUUGGUAAGUCUGUUCAUGGAUGGAUAGAGAGGAGGAAGGCUAGUAAUUGUUUAAAUUUGAUAUUGAGUAAUGCUAUUCUAGACAUGUAUGCUAAGUGCAAUGAAUUUGAGCUUGCCUCAAAGAUUUUUAAUGCAAUGGAAAAGAAAGAUUUUGUUUCAUGGAACACAAUGAUUUCAGGAUAUGCCAAGGCGGGGCAGUUGGAACUUUCUCUAUAUUUGUUCAAUGAAAUGCCUAAUAAAGAUCUUGUUUCAUGGAAUUCAUUGAUAGCUGGCUUUGCCCAAAAUGGUCAUUACAAGAUGGUAAUGAAUCUAUUUGGAAGCAUGGUUGUAGAAAAUGUUAGGCCUGAUAACAUCACGAUGGUUUGUUUGGUCUCUGCUGCUGCAGAAAUUGGAGCAUUGGACCAAGGAAAGUGGAUACACGGAAUUGUUGUUAGAAAUCAAAUGCAAGUAGAUGCCUUUUUAGGUUCAUCACUAAUAGACAUGUAUUCCAAGUGUGGCAGUAUUGAAAGAGCUUUCUUGGUUUUCCAAGGAGUAACACAAAAGGACGUUACAGUAUGGACAACAAUGAUCACAGGACUUGCUUUCCAUGGUUAUGGAAACAAAGCUUUGGAUUUGUUUUCUGAGAUGCAACUAGAAGUAACACCGAACGAAGUUACUUUUGUUGCUAUUCUUACAGCUUGCACCCAUAGUGGACUUGUGAAUGAAGGGCUUUACAUAUUUUACAAUAUGAGGAGAAUAUUUGGCAUUGAACCACAAGUUGAGCACUACGGAUGUUUGGUGGAUCUCUUAGGUCGUUCGGGUAGGUUGGUUGAAGCAUAUGAUUUGAUCCAGAAUAUGCCUAGCAAACCAAGUUGUUCGAUCUGGGGAGCAAUGCUUAGUGCUUGUAGAGCUCAUGGAAACAUGGAACUAGCAGAGGUAGCUUCAAGAGAGCUGUUCAAGUUGGAGCCCGAGAAAGAGGGUGGAUAUAUAUUGUUGUCUAAUAUAUAUGCUGCUUGUGAGGAGUGGAAUCACUCAGAUAUGGUUAGGGAAGUCAUGGAAAUCAAGGGAGUGAAGAAGACUGCAGGUUGUAGCAGUGUAGUUAUCGACGGACUAGUUCAUAAUUUUGUAGCAGCUGAUUUGCACCAUCCAAGAUGGUCAGAUAUCUUUUCUAUUAUGCAGUAUCUAAAUAAUGAAAUGAAGCCGGAAGAUGAUUUCCUCUUAGACAUGCAAAUGUUGAUGUAACCAUGCUGAAUUAUUUUUGCUAAUUGUUGAUCCUCUUGGUGGGUGUUCUGUACUAUGAAUUUGACACCAAGCUUAAUGAGGUCAUUUAUAUGCCUCUUAAGAGAGAAAAAGUACCGCACAACAUUGAGAUGAAACGAAAUAAUGAUAUUGGAAAAAAAGGAUGCUGGCUUCUACAAGAUGAGUUUCACUGUGCCAGUGUCUCUAUCUGUGCCAGAAAACGUUAAGUGGUUCAUGUUUGCCAGAAUGUUUACACUUCUAUUAAAGCAUACAACGGUGACUCAGCUUUUACUAUCUCAGCAAAUCUAGCUUCUCAUUAUGCUACAG